CACUGGUAUGUCAGCGGGAGCGUCACAGUGGUGAUACAGGGGUUCAGAAGUGAACUGAAGCGGCUGCGUGCAGUUUGAUCCAGGAAGGUUUACCCUCACUGUCUCCGGCCUGUCCAGGACCUGCAGCCCCACCACCAUGGCGGAUCAGUACCAGUACAACACCAACGAGGAGAAGAUUGUGAAAGACAGCCACACCAAAGAGAUCGACCUCAUCAACAGAGACCCCAAGCAGAUCAAUGAGGACGUGGUGAAGGUGGAGUUUGAGGACGUCAUUGCAGAGCCUGAUGGUACACACAGCCUGGAUGGAGUGUGGAAGCUCAGCUACACCACCUUCACUGUGUCCAAAUACUGGUGUUACCGCAUCUUGUCUGCUGUCUUCGGUAUCCCUGUUGCUCUGCUCUGGGGCUUCCUGUUUGCCUGCAUCUCCUUCUGCCACAUCUGGGCUGUGGUUCCCUGCAUCAAGAGCUGUCUGAUUGAGUCACAGUGCAUCAGCCGCAUCUACUCUCUCUGCAUCCAGACCUUCUGUGAUCCAUUCUUCGAAGCCCUGGGCAAGAUCUUCAGCAGGGUGCGCGUAGUAAUGCGCAAAGAAGUCUAAGAACUCAAACAGUAGUGUUUCUAGUAUGAUCGGAUGAAGUGUGGUCUUUUUUUAUACACCAGAAGCUCAGUCCUGGCAUCUUGCUUACUUCUUGAUACUCCUCCUCUUCCCUACAUAACAUGCUGUUCUCCACCCACCCAUCCUCAAGCCCUCAGCACUGAGUCCUGACAUGCCUGGUGUGCCUUUUGCCACCAGAAGCUCUGCGACAGCUGCAGCAGGCAGCGUGGUUCUGUGACAGCUCUGGCACUCCUGGAGGGCUCCGUGCUCCUCACUGAGAGAGAAGAGGGCCGCUUUCCAUGGGGACGAUCUGUCUCCCCUCAUUAAUUUGUAUCACAAAAAAAUCUCAGAUAGUGGCUUCUCAUUCACAACAAAUGAAAACAACUCCCCAACACUGCUGCACCUUUGGAUGAUGCUGGCUGUAUGCAUUGCAUUUAGCUAUCCUUAAAGGUUAUGUUGAUGCUGUAUGUUGCUGUGUCCAAUACUGUUUUACUUUGAAUUUGACACUUAUAUAUGUAAACUUAACCUUAUUAGAAAAAAACCCUAAAAGAAUGAAAGGAAUUGAAAAUGUCCAGUAGUUCUGUCCAGUAAUGUCUGAUUUCUUUAUGUAUUCAAAAAAUAUAUUCUGAUAUGUUUCCCUCUUAAUUUGUGAUGACUCCUCAGUAACUGUGAGACUUUUUGGAGACUUGCAGAUGCAGCUAUGAGUGUGACGAGUGGAAUAUUAAAUCUACGUGUUUGCAUAUUUCAGUCAAGUAAAUGUAAACAAGUAUGGAUCUAACUGCUGAUGGCGUCAAGUAGAGACCUCUCUGUGAGACCAAUUUUAAUGUUCCACAGUGUUAAUUUGAUGUGAAAGAAAAGUGUACCGCUCUACCUGGAGCUCCGAAAACCUCCAAGAUAAGGAGUGGUAAGGGGGAAACAUGGGAAAAAGGGCGUGGUCUCAGGCAAGACUCUAUAUUCUGUUUGUUAAACACGAGCACAAUUAGGUUAACAAAUUAAAUACCUUAUGGGGCGACAUAAUGUUUGCACAUCCUGACAUAAAAAACUUUGCUCCUACAAUACAUUUGCUGCUAUUGUGUACCUGCAGUGUAGAAAGGAAAAUUAUACAUGGGCUGACACUAAUUUAAAGACACUUUACAAUUAACAAAACUGUCCUUAAAUAUGUUGCACCACUGUUUGAUUGAAAGUAUAGCAUGUGUAUUAUUUCAAAAUCUUUCUGAGAGGCACAGUUUACUUCAGUCAACCUGGAGGCACUGACCUGGGAACUGUGACCCACUAGAGGUUGCUGUUGUAUAUCUUUCAUGUUCUUCUUGGUUGUGUAUGAGAUCCAUUAUUGAUGGUUCAGUUUCAGUUUCACCACACACUUUUUUGUUUAUAACCUCAGUUUGUUUCUUUUGGUUCAUUCUAUUAUUCCAUAAAAGUGCUAGAAAAUGUACAGUUAGAGGUUAUAUGAGCAGAAAUAACACACUGGCUUAAAGCAUUAUUCUGAUUAAUGAACUGUAUUAAACAGUGUAAUUAGUGAGUAAGAGUGAUUGAUUUGCCAGAUUACGUGGUCAAAAUUCAUUAAAAGAUAUCAUUAAGCGCUUCAA